AUGAUCAGAUUAUUUAAUAAUUUUAAAAAAUUAAAUGGUCUUGUCCAAACCAAAAUAUGCAUUAAUAAUCCACCAAUAAAUAAUAGAUUUCAAAUUAUAAAAAAAUCUUAUUGCACUCAAUUCCAACAAACAAACCAACAAAAUAUAAAUAAUAGUUUAGCAAUAGAUGAAAUUAAAAUUAAUAAUAAUUUAAAUACUAAUAGUAUUAAUAAUUUAAAUAAUAAUGAUAAACAUUAUUUAAACAAUAAUAAUAAUGAUAAUAAUAAUAGUAUCGAAAUUAACAAUAUAUUAAAAAUUAUUAAUAAUGACCCAGAAAAAGAAAAUAAUUUUUUUCAAUUAUUCAAACUAAUGAAGGCCAACAAUUUAAAUCAAGUUACUUUAUUAUCUGGUGAAAAUGUAUCAAUAGAACAGGUUUUAAUUAGGGAAAUUUCAAAUAAUAAAGAUAAUGGUAAGGAGGCAACCAUUGAAUUAGGUCUACUUCAAGCAGAUUUCUUGAUGGGAAAAGAUUUAUCCGAGGUAUCUCCACAAAUGUAUCGUAAUAGUAACGGAGAAUUAGGUUCUGUAAAUCUUACUCUUUUAGAACACUUGUGCUUUGUUUUAUCAAAGGAUCAAGAUAAUUCAAGAGCAUAUUUAAAACUUUCACAAUUUGUAAAGGCAUACAAUUUAUCAGGAAUCACUGUAAAUGGUAGUUUUUUCCCCCGAAAAAACAUUUUCUAUUUUGCAUAUUUGCUAAAUAGGGAUGCACAAUCUUUAUUUGACUUAAUGGACGAAAAUUACCCAAUAAAAACAAUUUUAAUACAAGGAGGUAAUAUCGACUUUCCUAUCGAGAUACAACGUCUUUUAAAAGACCAUCCUGAUUCAGUUACUUUUGAACACUACUCAAGACUAGCAAGCUCAUUAUCCCACAAUCAUCUCACUAUCGAUAUACCAACUGUCGAUAAGCCAGUAAAUAGAGUCGAUCUACAAAUCAUUGCCAUCAAUAAAUAUUUAGAACGAAAAGAGAUUUCAAACAACUAUUUUUCUCGUAUGCUUUACUACUUGUCUUGUUAUUUGGAAAGAUCUCAAAAGGUUCAAUUGUUGGGUAAAUCAUUUGAUACUACAUCGCUAUUAACAGAAUGUGUUAAUUUAAAUCCAAAUGCUCAUUAUUUAAAAUGCUUGGCCGAUAGAAUGGAAUCAACUCAAAAAGUUACAAUCAAAGGAAAAGAAUAUUCAAGAAUCGAAAUUAUCGAAGAUCUUUAUUUCACUAAUCAUAUAUUCACUACUGUCAAAAACCCAGCAAAUAUUAUUUCAAAAGAGGGUGGUUAUUAUUCAUUAUAUAGAUUUUAUCAUCUUGAUAACAUUGAAAAAUCAAAGCAUUAUUUAGAGCUUUAUACUAAAGAAAGAGAAAUUAAAAAAACAAAAAUAAUAGCAGUUUUAAAUGAUUUAAAUAAUACAGAUAGUAACGAAGCUUUAUAUCUCGAAUUAUAUCAUCUUUUGGGAAAAGAUGAAAAGGCCUCUAUAAAAGGUGAAUUAUUGGGUAAAAAGGAAUGUUUAAUGACCUCUAUAAAGAUCACUAUGACCAUGCAAAAAACAUAUAUAACAGGUUUAUUUCACGAAAUGGCCAAAUUUGUAGAAGAAGGUGAUACUUUAGAAUUAUUUGAUUUACAUUUUACCAAAUCAGAUUUAUUACUCAGGGAACAUAUACUUACCCAACUAAACGAAUCUUCAUUUGCUCUCUGUAUGGAAACUGAUAGAGGACUUGAACUAGAUAAAACAGUACCUGAAGAUCUUCAUUCCGAUUACGAUAGACAAUAUGCAAGAUUCAAUAUAUGUAUUAAUCAAUUUAUCUAUCAAUGUUCAGAAUAUAGUGAAGUAUAUUAUUCAAUUGGUAAAUUUUUAUCAAAUCACUUUUUAAAGACUCCAAGAGAAUUAUCAAAACUAAGAGAUGAUUUUGGUAACAUUCCCAAACAUUACUAUCUUACAACAAGAGAUUAUUUCAGAAAAUAUUUAGAGUAUUCAGAACCAAUUUUAAUUACAUUAGACAAUUUUAAAGGCUGGUACUCAUUGUCAUCUGAAAUGGGUUUCGAUAUCAAUGAUAAAGAGUUUGGUAGAACUAAAAGUAAUAUUUUAAAUGAAUUAAUUCAAUUAAACCCAAGCUUUUCAGGAAUAUACCACGAAUAUUCAAAGUCACUUUCAAAAAACACAGAUACCAUUCAAUUAACAACAAACAAUGGUAUUGAAACAUUAAAUAGAAUUCAAUUAUUAUUAAAAGGAAUAGAUUUAGAAAAUGGUAUCACAAUUUUAAAAUUCAAAAUGAUGGUCGACUUACUCCAAUGCUUAUCAGAUACAGAUUAUAAAGAAGUUAGCUUUUUAAAUGGCAGAACCGUCAAUAAACACAACUUAAUAUUAGAAACAAUCGAAGACUUUAGCCAUCUUUGCUUUUCUGAUCAAAUUCUAUCAUUUUUAUAUAAAGAGUUAUAUAACACUGUGGAUGAUGAUGAAGAAAUUGAAGUUUUGGGUAUGGUUUUUACAAAACAAACUUUAAAAAACUAUUAUUUAUCUUAUAAAUUUUAUGAUGUAAGAUACAAAUGUAAAAGUCUUUUUUUCAAUUUAUUUAAAUAA